AUGGACCAGGAUGAAGAAGAAACCCAAAAGGCUCUUGUAGCCCAACAGACCUCUACCUCUACCUCAACCUCUGCCUCGACCCUCCUCCCCUCAUCUAUCGCGAACGCUGUAAGCCUGGUAACUAGAUCCAGCUCCCUCUACCUCCGACUCGGCACAUUAAUAGGCGGUUUGGCGCUGGACGGAGCAAGAGUUACAACCCUCACCGGCCUCGAACUAAGCCGAGCGCUCAUCGAAUCCAUCCUCAUACGGUCUGGACGCGAUGUCGCAGAAAGAAGUACGGGCGCGAUAGGCAGGGCCGAGGCAGAGGGCAUCUUGGAGAAAAGUGUUGCGACGCUGCAUAGGACUAUUACAAAUAUAUCUUUUGUGGCAAGUGCGGGCUUUUAUUGCAGUGCUGCGGCGCUGAAUUCUGCCACGGAUUUGAGCCAACAGCUACUUGCUACGUUGGACAGCAUAUUGGGGAGUACGGACUCAAGCAGGGCAAUUGCAAGUAUCGUAACUCUGAUAAGGAGGGAAUUUCAAAAUCCGGCGACUGGAAGGGAGGGGGAGAAAGUGACCGUGUCAGAUCUUUUAUUGGGUAUCUGUGGUUUGGCACUGCUGCAGAGGUGGUGUAGGGGGUUGACGGAUGCAGAAUGUCGAGAAGGCAGGUUCGAGGAAGUUAUUUGGGAUGUGGUCAUUCUCAAUGAUGGUCGGAGAGCGGAUGUUGCGGGGAAUUUAGAGAGAAAGAGUUCUGGAGAGGGUCUGACACGGCCAGAUUCGGUGUCUUUCGUGACCACUGGUGGUGAUGUCGUAUUAGGAGCAAUCGAGCAGGGAGGAGUGGCUACGGAUGAGUCGGAUGAAGAUAUGGCAGAAUUCAAUCUCAAACAGAAGAUCAUGCAGUCACUACCAGCAGAUGCAUCUGCUUCUAUUACCACUUCGACUACCACCACGAAAACAAUUACGGUUGAGAUCACAAGUGCCCAGCCUCUAGAUCUAUCUCCGCCCCCUGGUGUUGAAAUUGUGGAAGAGAAUGCACAUCACAUGGGAGGUGUUGAUUUUGAUGGUGGGGUUCUGACGAAUGAACCAAAAGUUGGUCUUUCGAUCCCAAAAUAUCGAGUCGUGUAUCGAACGGUUCGGAACAAACUCCGAGACAUAAAUGUUGAAGCGAGAGGUUUAAUUGAGGACGCAAUUGAGGAUGAUGUGGAAACGCCAGAAGUUCCUCCAAAGGAACUUGAAAGCCCGGGAUUCUCGGUAUCUCCACUUUCCUCUGAUUCAGAGGGUCUUCCAGAGUUAUCAAGGCGUCCUUCUAGGACCAGUACCUCAAAGAAUCUUCCAAACCCUCCACCGCCCCCAAAAACCGAAGACAAAGCCACGAGGAUGUCAGCCAUACCAGUCCGCAAAAGCACUGAGAAUCUGGCCAACCAAAAGCGCUCCAGAAAACCAAUGAGUGCCUCUUCGUCAAUCAGUGGUUCGGAUAUUCCGCCUCCCAAGAGACCUGCAACUACGAAGUCUCCCACUGUGCAGAAGUCGGAUUCGACACGACCACCAGCAAAAUCGUCCGAGAAGAAAGGUUCAUUCCGACAGGCUCUAAAGAAAGGGUCUGGAAGUACUCUCUCAAACUUAUGGACCAAGGACCAUUCAGCUCCCGAAGCUAGCACGCGUAGCAAACCCAGCCAAAAGCCUCCGUGGGGAGUGUCCAAUGCAGCUGCAUCAUCCCCGAAAUCCAGUUUACCCAUUCCACAACGCAAUUCAAGCAUCGUUCCAGCUCGUGAUGCACCCCGCCCCCCACAACGAGGCAAUCCGAACUAUUUCUCAUCUCGAGACCUCGGUUUACAAAGCGAUGCUCCAAGGAGCCCCUCUAGGGCGAGCUAUUACUCCAUCCAUGAACACCGCAGAGACUCGCUAGUGUCGCAAACCGAUACGUAUUCAAUUCAUUCAGCCGACACGCGGCCAGGAUCACCAACGGCGUUUAGGACGCAUCUUCGAGCUCAAAGUAAUGUACUAAGAACCAGGUCGGAAAAGAAUAUUGUGCCGUCUCAAUUAUCGGCUGAACAACGGCCUAGAUCAUAUCAUCGGAGGUCUAAAAGUCAUGUUCCAAGUAUAUAUACACUUAAGACGAAUAACUCUGCCACAUCGCUUGUUCUUGCAUCUCAUCCAAGAAGAAGUGCCUUUGCAGAUUCGGAAACCCUGGAAAACUUAGCGAGAACAGGUUCCGUUGAUGGUCUGUUUCCACAGCACCAUAUUGUUCGAAAUAUUACCAGAUUUGUACGCUUUGCAUCUGCUUCCUACGGUGCAAGCUUUUUAAGAGUCAUGGGAAUUACGAAUUCUACAGCUGGUCCAAGAGAGAUAGAUACGACUCACCAUCACGAGCAUCAUUCUUUUUCCAGUCACACUCAACUUCCGACAGACACCAUCCUUCUUUCCUCUUUCGUCGAUCCUCAGGGUGGCACAGAUUCCAGUGGGCAUACCAAUACCGGUGUACCAAUGGUACACUUCGUCUCAUUAGAUCACGACUCCAAAGCGGUGAUUCUGACUUGUCGAGGCACAAUGGGAUUCGAAGAUGUUCUAGCAGACAUGACCUGUGAUUAUGAUGCUCUUUCCUGGCGCGGACGAGACUACAACGUCCACAAAGGCAUUCACGCCUCAGCACGCCGUCUUCUAGAUGGUGGCGGCGGCCGAGUAAUAGCCACCAUCGCAGCAGCAUUAGAAGAAUUCCCCGACUACGGACUUGUAAUGUGCGGGCACUCCCUCGGUGGAGGAGUCACCGCACUUCUCGCGAUCAUGAUCUCUGAGCCGUCUCCCGACCCCUCAUCGACAGCAUUCCUCACAUCCACUUCAUCCUACUCAUCUUCGCCACAGCUUCUCCUCACAGAUACAAGCAAGCAAGGCACUGCGCCCUCAGCAAUCCACCUCCCUUCAGGUCGCCCCAUACACGUCUAUGCCUACGGCCCUCCAGCAUGCCUCUCCCCGUCCCUCCGCCUCGCCACGCGGGGUCUUAUAACCACCAUUGUCAAUAAUCAAGACCUGGUUCCCUAUCUUUCCCUCGGCGUCCUACACGACCUACAAGCCUGUGCACUAGCCUUCAAAACUGACGACUCAGGCGCGAAAGGCGAGGUCAGAAACCGAGUCUGGGCUGGCAUGACAGGGGCGUUUCGGGAUAAAUGGUAUUCCGGAAACAAACAACCGGAGGGAAUGGGGAUAGAGAAAGAAAAUGACGAUGAAUGGGCGUACGCUACGCUGAAGACGCUGCGGGCGGCGAUGUUGAGCGCGAAAUUGGUGCCGCCCGGAGAAGUAUUUGUUGUGGAGAGCUGUCCGGUGCUGAAGCGAGAUGCUUUUGUGAGAGGGGGUGCGGGAGAGGGAAGUGGGGGUUUGGGGGCACCGGCGACUAGGGCUGUGUUGCGGUAUGUGAGAGAUGUGGAGAAGAGGUUUGGGGAGUUGAGGUUUGGAGGGAGCAUGUUGUUGGAUCAUAGUCCUGGGCGGUAUGAGACUAGUUUGGGGGCAUUGGGCAGGGGUGUUUUGGGCUAA